AACUCUCACCUACUACUCACACACCUCAGAUUGUCAUAAUAUGAGCGUCACUAGACCAGCCCCCAAGAUACCUUACUUGCCUGACGUUCGUCGUGUCGUCACCGGUCACGACUCCGAGGGAAAGGCAGCCGUGCUUUCUGACGAAGUCGCGAAACCGACCUUCUGGUCGCCUGAAAGUACCAGCCCUGUACACGAUUACUACCGUACUGAGGAAACACCUGCAAUAAUCGAUUCCGAAGUUGCGACUGGAGAGUGGGACGAUGGCAUUACGAGUAAUCCUGCUCUCGUCAGUCCGAACGGAUCUACGUUUCGAACAAUUGACCUUGCACCUGGUCAGGUUGUGCCGAUGCAUCGCACUCAGACAAUCGAUUAUGGAAUUGUUGUAAAGGGCAGCGUUGUCUUGGAGCUGGACAAUGGUGAUCGUCGCAUAUUGAAAGAGGGCGACGUCUUCAUCCAGCGGGGUUCUGCUCAUAGUUGGAGAAACGAAACUGACGAUUGGGUCAGAACACACUUUGUCAUGAUAGGAGCGAAUCCUAUUCAUGUGAAUGGCGAAUCGUUACCAGCACAUGCCGUUGGUCCUCAGAACCCGUCGAAAUAACGACGUGCUAUGCAGUGGUCUUUCGUGGAUAUUUUGUUGACUUUGGCUCUGAAUUAAAAUGAGAACGGGCGGACUAAGUGUAACUACCGACGGUAGGGGGUCCUGUGACGGCUUGUUGCUUCUCAUCGUUCCCGCGACUGAGAGCUACCAGACGUUCAUAUGGCAUGUUUCCAAUUUACACCCAAUGCACCUCUUCAGGUGUCUUCUGGGUGCUUCUAUAUAUAGAGGCUAUCUUCUC